AUGGUCAUUCGAGAGUCACCCUUCACUGCGAGAUUUGAUGAGCGCGUGCGGUCUGAACUCCGCAAAUGGGAGGUUCCUGGAUUGACCGUGGCCAUUGUGCAUGGCUCCUCCAUCUUCACCAAGGCCUAUGGAAUUUCUGAAUUCCCUGACAAGCCCGUGACCACAAAUUCGCUCUUUUCCACCUGCAGCACCACAAAGGCUUUCACAGCCGCGGUUGCCUCUCUCAUCAUCGAGGAUAGCAAAAGCUCGGACCGACCAGUCGACUGGGAUACGCCCCUGACGUCAUUAAUUCGGGAUGAUUUUGUCCUGGCGGAUGAGCAAGCUACUCUGCAGACUACCCUAGAAGAUGCCUUGUCGCACCGAUCAGGCCUUGGAAUGAAUUGGGGUGCCAUGCGGUGGGCACACAAGGACGAAAACGUUACGCGAAGCCAGCAGUACACGGGUCGAGACCUCGGAUCCUUGCUGAAGGACCGCAUCUGGAAACCUCUAGGUAUGCGUGAUACGUACUUCUCCGUCCACGAGGCCCAAGCAUGUCCCUCGGCGAGCUCGAGGUUGGUUCGGGGAUACACAUGGGAUGCAGAUGCCCACACCCAGAUACCGGAGCCUUAUAUGGACUAUGCUCCCACGACCGGCUGCGGAGCCAUGGUCAGCUCGGUGGAAGAUUACGCACUCUGGGUCCGCGCAUUGAUUCAAUCCAAGAUGACGACAAGAGAUGCGCUCCUGUUCCCUCGGAUAACCCUCCCGGCCUUUGAGGAAGGGGUGCAUCCGCCCGCACCGUAUCACCUAUACGCGCUGGGUUGGUUCGUCGAGAGCUACCGCGGCGAACCACUGUACUGGCACACCGGUUCGUGGCCAGGAUGCGGGAUCCUGGUGGGUUUCAUUCCCGGGAAAGAGUUCGGGUUCAUCAUGAUGGGCAAUGCCAUGGAUGCGCGAUUUGCCGCCGCAUCGCUGUACAUGUAUCUUUUAGACAUGAUGUUGGGGAUCCCGCCUGACCAGGCGGGAGAGUACAGUAGACAGAUCGAGCAGCUUGUGAGGGAAAGACGAAAACGAAGCAUCAAGACGAUGAAAGAGGCCAAGCGGAGACUAUACCCCAGCUUGCCGUCGCAACCUCUUCCGCCCUCUUUGUCGCUGGAGCUAUAUGCUGGGGUCUACGCGCAUCCAGGCUACGGCUCAUUUGAAUUGCUUCUUGACGAGGAUCGAAAGCUAUACGCGGAUCUUCCUGAUCGAGCGAUCGUCACCCGUCUGGAGUUGGAGCAUGCCAGUGGGGAUUUCUUCGUUGGAAAGUUAUACUCCCCGGGCGGAGGAGGAGAUGGCGUGACGUUCUUUCAGGUUGAGUUCUCUAUCGAUUCUCGGGCACAAGUGGAAAGAGUUGGGUUGGACUUGGAGCCGGAAUUACGAGGCGACAAGAUAUGGUUCGACAGGGCAUGA